UUAUCCCAAUUAUGUCACUUCAUUUCAUUGGAGAUCCUCUCUGGUCUAUCUGCACCACCAUCCUUUUCUGGAAAACCAAUUUUAAAUCUUCCUAAAUUGGCGUCGACGCUACGUACCACAGCCGGAGUAUUUGACGAUGCUUGCUGCCAUCGUCGGAGCUUGAAGCUUGCUUUUAUCGCCAGAUCUGAGCUACCACAACUCGGAGUUUGACGACGCUUACUGCCAUCUACAGAGUUCGAAGCUUGCUUCUAUGGCCAAACCUCGACGCUAACGGGUGGAGUUUAAAUGCCGAUUUGGUGGACAGAUUAACAUUAUCUGUAGAGAAAGAGAGAGCUACAUACAUGGUCUGUAUUUUUUUUCACAGCGAAAAAGAGAAGCUGAAAGACGAACCACUGAAUCGGGUGAUGAACCUCCGAAUGACCUGGUAACUUAAAUUAGGUGAGUCAGCUUUGGUUUGGCGUUGCUGCUGUAUUUUAGAAGGAACUCAUUUCAUAGACUUCGGAUAUUUAACACAAUCAGCUAUGCAAAUAAUUUCCAGUCAUCUAUACUUUUGUUGUCCUAACAGAAAAAGAAGCAUAAAACCGGAUGGGUGGUUUAAAAUGCAAAUCCCAUGUUCACCUCAACGGGUUAAAAGUAUUGCUUUUCUUCGAAGACCUCAGGAUUGUAAGUUUUUAAUGCAGAAUACUAGACUGUUUUCUGUUCCGAACACAAAUGAUGGGCACCCAUCUGUCUCCAAGCUAGAAGACUCGAACACUAAUCAUUCCCCCAACUCUGAAGUGGAAUCCUUGCUUCACCAUUGGUCCCCUCCCCGGUUUUUGUGGAGGGGAUUAUCAGUUCUUGUUAUUGCAGGGCAGGUACUAGUAAGGAUUUUAACAGGAAAGAUCCAUUGGCGGAAUACUCUUCAACAGUUAGAGAGAGUUGGGCCUAAAUCACUUGGGGUCUGUCUCCUAACUUCAGCUUUUGUUGGAAUGGCCUUCACUAUCCAAUUUGUUAGGGAAUUCACCAGGUUGGGAUUAAGCAGAUCUGUUGGUGGAGUACUAGCUUUGGCAUUCGCAAGGGAGUUGAGUCCUGUGGUUACGUCGAUAGUGGUCGCAGGACGUAUUGGAAGUGCUUUUGCUGCAGAGUUGGGAACAAUGCAAGUAUCCGAGCAAACUGACACGUUGAGAGUUCUUGGGACUAACCCUGUUGAUUACCUUGUGACCCCAAGGGUGAUUGCUGCCUCUGUUGCUUUGCCAUUUUUGACAUUAAUGUGCUUCAUAGUAGGUAUGGCAUCAAGCGGUUUUCUUGCUGAUGCUGUUUAUGGUGUCAGUAUCAACAUUAUCUUGGAUUCAGCUCGAAGAGCCCUUAAGCCAUGGGACAUUAUUAGUGCAAUGAUUAAGUCACAGGUGUUUGGUGCUAUUAUUUCUAUUGUGAGCUGUGCUUGGGGGGUUACCACCAUGGGAGGUGCCAAGGGUGUCGGGGAGUCCACAACCUCAUCAGUUGUCAUCUCCCUAGUUGGUAUCUUCAUUGCGGACUUCGUUCUAUCCUACUUCUUUUUCCAGGGAGUAGGAGAUUCAUUGAAGAAUUGUGUGUAAGCAAGUUUCAUUGUCUAAUAGUGUGUUCUCUGUUUGUUUAUGGGUAUAUUCAAAUUCGAUCUGAUUAGAGCAGGGAAUGAAUCAAGUGUUUGCACGAUCAAUUGCAUGCCUUUUGGUAAUUCUCAUAAUUUUGUUGCCA